CCGCCAGCAGAGCGCGUGCCUGCGCCUCGUACAGAAAACGGGGAUACCUCUCUUAGCAGAGCACAAACCCACUCCCCGUUUUCCGUGAAACUGUGAGCAGGAAAAGCUCUGUUGCUGUUGUUGUUGUUUUUAAAACAUUGUCAGAAAGCCCAUGCACUGCGAGCUCUCUCCACCGCCUCCACUGCUCACAGGAUGCUGUCGAACGACCCUCACAUCGGGCACAAACUGGCAGGCUGCUUGAUUUUCCUCUCCCUCUUCCAUAUCAACGUCUCUGCUGGCAGCUCAGGUAAAGGCUCACAGAGCCACGAUGAUAUGCGUGUCAUCCACAACAAUCAACUGGACCUGCGGGAGAUAGUGUUUGUCAUCCAGAGUCAAAGCAACUCCUUCCAUGUGAGGCAGGCGGAAAGACGGAGAGCAGACUUACUGAAGCAGGCACACAGUCUCGCAGAGAAGCCACCGGUGGUUUUGCUCUCUCACACUUUAUCAGAUAGCGAAGGAGAUUGGAGUAUCCUUCCCCUGCUGCCUAACUUAUCGUACUCCUUCAGGAAAAACUCAUCAUGGAUUGUAUUUCUCGAGGAGGAAACAAACGUGAAGAUGACUAAGCUGCUUCAAGUCCUUGCAAAAUUUAACGAGAAUAAAGAGUGGUUUCUUGGUAAGCCCCUCCAUGACGAGGAGUCGACCAUCAUUCAUCAUUACGCGUUUGCAGAGAAUCCCUCCAUCUUUAAAUAUCCAGACUUUGCUGCUGCCUGGGCCAUAAGCACCCCCCUUGUUGUGCGGCUUGCGAACAAAGUGAGAGAUGAGCCGCUGAAAUCUGACUUCACCAUUGACCUGAAACAUGAGGUUGCUUUGUAUAUCUGGGACAAUGGGAACGGCCCUCCUCUCACUGCUGUCCCUGAGCUGUGCACUGAGCCGGAGGACUCCCCUCAGACCCGCCACUGUGCCACCGCUCUGAGCACCAAGCCUCCUCUGUGUGGGGAGCCUGUAAAUAAAGAAGAUAUAUUUGUUGCUGUGAAAACGUGUAGGAAGUUUCACAGUGAAAGAGUUCCGGUGAUAAAGAAGACUUGGGAACAGGAUGCCUUCUUUUUAGAGUACUACAGUGACCACGCUGAUCCUUCAAUACCAACCAUUGAUUUGGGAGUCCCAAAUACUGAAAGAGGCCACUGCGGGAAAACUUUUGCCAUCCUUCAAAGAUUUCUAAGCGGCGCUGUCCCGGACACCAAGUGGCUCCUUGUCGUGGAUGAUGACACACUUAUCAGCCUCUCCCGACUACACGUCUUGCUGAGCUGUUACAACCCCUCUGAACCAGUGUGUCUAGGGGAGAGGUACGGCUACGGCCUGAGCCAAGGCGGCUACAGCUACAUCACGGGAGGUGGAGGUAUGGUGUUCAGCAGGGAGGCUGUGGUCCGACUUCUUGACAGCGGCUGCAAGUGCUACAGCAAUGACGCGCCGGAUGACAUGGUGCUGGGAAUGUGCCUCAAUGCCGUCGGACUUCCCGUCACACACAGUCCACUCUUCCACCAGGCACGCCCAGAGGACUAUGCCAGAGACUUCUUGGCACACCAGGUGCCCAUCUCUUUCCAUAAACACUGGAACAUCGACCCCAUUGCUGUUUACAACAAAUGGCUUAAGGAUGACUUGAGGGCAAAAGCCUCGGAUGGACUUAAUGACAACGCUAAGACGGAGUUAUAAUCAUUUUAAGCACACAACUUGCCUGUAUGUGUGUGUGUGUGUGUGUGUGUGUGUGUGUGUGUGUGUGUGUAUUAUGGAGUCAUGGAACUGAAACAUUGUCCUUCACAGAUAUAAUUGUUUUUGUAUUGUUGAUGUGGAACUGUUAAGAGGGACCGUGCGAGCGUGUGCCUACGAGUGUCUUCAUGGCUGAGAUUCACGUUGAGGUUAAUGUUAUUUUGGAAACAUGGAUAUAAUAUGUGGAUAUUUAUAUCAUAUGAAUAAUCUGAACCUUACAAAGGAGAAGCUGCUUCUCUGGGAGAUACUGUAUCUUUAAAAGAAAGGGUCACUAAUGCUGUACAAUGUGCUCUAUUUUAGCAUAAAAGUAUAGAAUUGAGAUUGAAUUGUUUUUUGCUUUUCUAUUUCAUUGGAGGCUUAUUAUAGGAUUUGGUUUAAACCAGUAAUGUAUAAAUAUAAAGGUUCAUUGAGGCUACGACUAAGAUGGUGAAACACAGACUGUUUAGUGCAGCUAAAAGGCAUUAAAGCGCUCUAAAGUAUGCUGAAGGUUUGUAAUUACUCCCAACAUGUAGCCUUUAAAUGGGUCCAACUGCUGCUCGGGCAGAUAAACGUCUUACCUUCACUUUAGACUCACCCUAACCCUCAUUACAUUUCUUUGGCCUUAGACCAUCUGUUUCUUUAGGCUCUCUUUGAGAGUUGCAGGAACUAAAAAGGAGCAACAUUUCAAAGACAUAAUUGCUCGUAAAACAUUAGCUGAUAUCCUGAGGUAUGAGGUUGAAAUUAGUUUUAUCAACAUCACAAUUUCACAAUUUAUUUUUCACAAAACUAAGAAUUGUCUUAGAUAAUUAUUUGGCAGACCCAAUGAGUUGCUAAACAUUAUGAAAGGUCUUUCAGAGACCUUGAGCUUGGGUUGAAGAAUUGAACCUGUCUCCUGGCUGUUUGUCAUCUCAAUAAAAGGAAUUUGCAGCUA